UAGGCCCCUCAAAGAGCGUUCCUCACAACCUUGUCACCUCUACGAGGAGCUCCAACAGCUGCUGAAGUCAGCAUCGCCGUCGUCACACGCCCGGCUUCGUUCCUUGAGACAGCACCAUGAGGGCACUACUUCUUAUGCCAUUCUUUCUGGUCGCCGUGCUGGCUAACCCCACCCCGGAGGACAAUUGCGACCCGGACAAGUGCAAGGCGAGCGGAAACUGCGUGUGUGCCAGCACCGACCCGCCCAACAAGAUGAACGUCCAGGAGACACCGCAGUUGGUCAUGCUCUCUUUCGACGGCGCCAUCCACGAGGGAAACAUGCCGUUCUACCGCGAACUUCUAGACGGCACCCAGAAGAGGAAGAACAAAAAGAGCGGAUGCAAGAUCGGAGCCACCUUCUUCGUGAAUCAUGAGUACCUCGACUACACCGCUGUUCACGAGCUCCACAACAGCGGCAGCGAAAUCGGACUUCGAUCCAUCACACUCAAUGGUACUUCGGACUAUUGGUCGAAACUUGGCACUGAUGGUUGGAAGGCUGAGAUGGUCGGCGAGCGGGACCUGCUGGCAAACCACGCCGCAAUCCCAGCUUCAGACAUCGUCGGAAUGCGGGCACCGCUCCUGCAGACCGGUGGUGACAAUACCUACGCGAUGCUGAAGGAGAACGGAUUCCUCUACGACUCGUCCAUUCCGCACAACCGCGUCAAGAACGGCGGCAAGCCCAUGUUCCCAUACACGCUCGACCACGGACUUCAGACUGAAUGCAUCAUCGCGCCCUGCCCCGAGAACAAGUACCCCGGCCUGUGGACCGUCCCGAUGAACGUGUGGUUCCAGGAAAACGACAUCGAGGGUCUGAAGAUGUACUUCCCCUGCUCUACCAUCGGUGGCUGCGUACCACCGCCGGAUACCGCAGACGAGACCUACGAGUUCCUCAUGGCUAACUUCAAUGAGUUCUACGAGAACAAUAGGGCUCCGUUCCCCAUGUUCCUGCACGAAGGAUGGCUCCACGGAGGAGAGAGGAGGGAGGGAUUUCUCAAGUUCAUCGAUUGGCUCCUGACCAAGGACGACGUCUUCAUUGUCACCCUCAAGGAGGUCAUCGAGUUUAUGAAGAACCCCAAACCCGUGAACUCCUACAAGGAGUCUCGCUGCUUGACGGAGGUCAAGCCAAGUGACAAGUGCACCAGGCCUGAGACCUGCCACUACCGCAAGGUGAAGAUUGGAGACGAUAUCGGAGACCGGAAGAUGAAAAGCUGCGUGGACUGCGCCCCGCACUAUCCAUGGGUCAGCCUUAGAAAAACAAUGAGCCCGCCCCAGUCCGAAUAAGACCCCUCCUUCACAGCCUUUCAGCGUUGAUAUUCAGCGCUUACUUACGUUCCACAUGUUUCCCAAAAUAAACAAGUGCCAAGCUAUUCCCGUCUGAGAUGUGGAUUGUUAAAAUACUGGUUUAUUCUUUUCGCCGAAUAAACGUUACCCAUUUCUGGUGGCCCACCUAAAACGGAUAAUCAUAA